AUGAUUUUUGGAGGAUACACUGAAGAAUAUCCUACCAUCCGCGCUGCAAGAAAUAGUGUCCACACUCUGCUAAAAGGGCCCCCGAAAGCCUCAUCAAGUGCACCGAUCAUGAGGUUCGAUGCCACGACCUCCCAAACGCUGCAACAACCCCAUACUGACCCUCUAGUGGUCACCCUCAAAAUCGGGCAAAUGAAAGUCAAGAGGGUACUCGUAGAUACCGGAAGCACGGCUGAUCACACAACAAUGGAGUGCCUAAGAAAAAUGAAGUUCGAAGAAAAGCACUUACAACCCGUUGACAAACCACUGAUUGGGUUUGGGGGAAGUCAAGUCAUCCCCCUAGGCACGAUCAUUCUCCCCGUGCGGGUGGGGGAAAGAUAUGAAAGCAGAACCAUGCCCAUACGAUUCACGGUGGUGGAUCUCACCUUUCCCUACAACGCUGUCAUGGGGCUUCCGCUCAUCAACAAGAUCAAAGCCGCAAUCUUCCCUCAUCAACUCUUACUAGAAUUCGAGCGGGAUGAUGGACGAGUGGGUAUCCUCAAAGGGGAUCAGGUGACGGCAUGCCAAUGCCUCAUCAACACCCUAAACGAGGAACUUCCAUCACCCCAUCCAAAAGGGAAAAGGAAGAAGAGUCCCCCAGUGUCAUGA